AUGACUGAAACUUUAUCAGAGAAGAAGUUGACAGAGGUUAUGGGUUUCAACGAUCCUUAUUAUAUUCACCCUUCAGAUCACACUAGGCACGCUAUUGUCACUCGACCCUCGGAGGGUGACAACUAUGCGACGUGGAGUCGUGCCAUGAUGAUGUCUCUGGAAGCUAAGAAUAAGCUUGGCUUUGUCGACAGCACAAUCAAAGCACCUUCGGCGAAGGAUCACAAAUAUGGAGCUUGGAGAAGAUGCAAUCAGAUCGUGAAGUCGUGGAUCCUCAAUUCAAUCAGUCCAACCUUGACCAAUACCGUGAUCUUCUCCAACACAGCCGUUGAAGUCUGGGCAUAA